UCUAGUAAGGAGCAUUUGACCAUCUAUUUUCCAACUGUUGACCCUUCCAAUAUCAGGAUUAGAAAAGAGUGCCUUCAGAAUCAAUAUGUAGCAAAAGGGUAUUGUGCCACUGAAGCUCCUCCCUCAAUCCAAUUGUUUGUAUUUUAAGGAUCCUUGUAGCUUCAGCAGCAAAUUGUUUUUGUCACAUUAAAAAAGUGGAUUUCAUGUGGUGCUUGCAAAACAUUGAAUCGCCAUGAGUAGUAAUCUAGGAAAAGAAAAAGACUGUAAAGAGAAGGAUCCAAAAGUCCCGUCUGCAAAAGAGAGAGAGAAGGAGGCCAAGGCGUCUGGAGGACUUGGGAAAGAGAGUAAAGAAAAGGAGCCUAAGACCAAAGGGAAAGAUGCCAAAGAUGGAAAAAAGGACUCCAGUAGUGCGCAGCCUGGGGUGGCUUUUUCAGUGGACAACACGAUAAAACGACCUAAUCCAGCCCCAGGCGCUCGCAAAAAAUCCAGCAAUGCUGAGUUGAUCAAAGAGCUAAAUAAAUGCCGGGAAGAGAAUGCGAUUCGCUUGGACUUAGCCAAGAGGUCUAUACACAUGCUUCCAUCGUCUAUCAAAGAGUUGACACAGCUAACGGAACUUUAUUUAUACGGUAACAAACUGCAGUCCUUACCGGCCGAGGUGGGCUGUCUCGUGAAUCUGGUGACACUGGCACUGAGUGAGAACUCGCUUACCAGUUUGCCUGACUCUCUUGAUAACUUGAAGAAAUUGGCCAUGCUUGACUUGCGGCAUAACAAACUUAGAGAAAUUCCUUCGGUGGUGUACAGGCUAUGUUCUCUCGCCACUCUUUAUCUACGCUUUAAUCGUGUAACUACUGUGGAAAAGGAUAUCAAAAACUUGUCAAGACUCACCACGCUUAGCAUACGAGAGAACAAAAUUAAGCAACUACCUGCUGAAAUCGCAGUUCUCAACCUUUUGCACCUUGUGUCCCACCUACGUAAGGUCAAAAAAUUCUGGUCCCACCGGUCGACGAGCGCAGGGGGAGGUCCCCCAGCAGCCGAUUGAAGUGUGCAAAAGCAGAAAUCCUGCUGUGGUAUUUCCUGUUUCGCUGCCGCGACCCAAGCCCCACCUAGAGGACCUUCGCGUCCCACCAGUUGAGAAACCCUGAUCUAUCUGAUGUAGCAGAAAAGAUUCUAGGUCACAUUUUAUGUUAAGUUUCCAUUUUUUAGUGGGGUAUAAAUGUUUAGAUAGUAUAACCACGUUAUGGUCUUGGGUAAUGUGUUACGGGGCAUUGUAAGCGUGUGCAUGUCAGUAGAAAGUAUUAUGGUGGUUAUGUGCCAUAAUUAUAAGCAAGCUGGAUGCUGUAAUAAUAUGAAAUAACUGAUAUAUUAACAUUUUUUUUUCUUUGAAAAGAGGUAUAUUGGUUGUAAAUAAACCUUAUGAAAGUUUG